CCGGAACGUUGCUUCCGGGUCGCAGUUGCCGGGCGGAGGCGUGCCGACAUGGACCAGUCCUCCCGCGGCCGGGUUUGCGCCGCUGUCGCCGGCUGCUGACGUGGACAGGCCGGGUGUAGGGCCGCAGGUGCAGGUCGCUAUGGCGGUGGACAUCACGUUGUUGUUUCGAGCCAGCGUCAAGACUGUGAAGACGCGGAACAAGGCGCUGGGAGUGGCAGGGGGCGGCGGGGUGGAGGGCAGCAGCGAUGAUCUGUUCCGCCGGAGCUCUCGGCCCAAGGGCGACUUCUCCAACCGGGCCCGCGAAGUGAUUUCUCACAUUGGCAAACUGAAAGAUUUUCUUCUGGAACACAGGAAAGAUUAUAUUAAUGCUUAUAGCCAUAUCAUGUCUGAUUAUGGGAGGAUGACAGACACAGAACGGGACCAGAUAGACCAGGAUGCUCAGAUAUUCAUGCGGACCUGUUCAGAAGCAAUCCAGCAACUCAGGACAGAAGCUCACAAGGAGAUGCAUUCCCGGCAAGUGAGGGAGCACAGGGCUGCUGUUGUGGAGUUCAUUGAAGAUUACCUGAAACGAGUGUGUAAACUUUACUCUGAACAAAGAGCCAUCCGAGUUAAAAGAGUGGUGGAUAAGAAAAGAUUGUCCAAACUGGAACCAGAACCAAAUACAAAGACAAGAGAAUCCACAUCAUGUGAGAAAAUUGCACAGAAUCCUUCAAAAGACUCUGAAGAAAAACUUGCCACGGAAGAAUAUCCAGAAAAAAAUCUGACUGAAGCACAACCUGAAUUGGGAACCUGGGGAGAUGGCAAAGGCGAAGAUGAAUUAUCCCCAGAAGAGAUACAGAUGUUUGAACAGGAAAACCAGCGGCUGAUCGGUGAAAUGAACAGCUUGUUUGAUGAAGUGAGGCAAAUCGAAGGAAAAGUGGUUGAAAUUUCCAGACUCCAGGAGAUAUUCACUGAAAAGGUUUUGCAACAGGAGGCUGAGAUCGACAGCAUUCACCAGUUGGUUGUAGGGGCAACUGAAAAUAUCAAGGAGGGCAAUGAAGACAUCCGAGAGGUACAGUAGCUCUCCAGGGUCACCAGUGUGAGUACAGGAGCCACCCAGCAGCCUGGGCCUCCGCUCAUUGCCAGCCACCCCUCAAAGGUGCUGAGCCACAGUUGAGAAGAGUGAGAAACGGAGACCUUGCAAUGUGUCCCACCCGGGAUGGUGGGCCAGGACCAACCACUGGUGGCUCGGCCGCCAUUCAUGCAGUGCCCACGUCACCCACGGCCUGAGGAGGGGACCCCGGCUUGUCUUGGCACCACCACUCGCAGGUUUCGCACCACGCAUGGCUGCUCCCUUCGGUACCCUCUGAGACAGAGGUGACGGUGCUCGUGGGACAGCGGGGCACUGGCUCGGGGCCUAGACCUGCCCAGCACCUGGAACCACACGAUGGCUCUGAUCCAGCCAGGGACCACCUGGGGCUCCAGGCUCUAACAUCGCCCUCUGAAAUCAGAGGCCUCUCUGAUGAGUUCCCAGGUCCUCGCCACCGGGACUGGGAGGAUGGCGGGUAGUGAGGACGAGACACAGCAUGCAGGGUCCCACAGAGGGUCACAGACACAGUCCUGGCAGUGCAUCCACUCCCCGUCCCUGCCAGCCGGGCCCUGCGGCUCGGCCGUGCCAUGGCCGUCUCCCCUGUUGGCUGACUCCUCAGAGGUGAGACCCCACUGCCACCAGUGCAGUGCAGAUGUAAAGGGGCCGGCCCCUACAGCCACCCCACCUCCCUAGUGGGGAACCAGCUCUCCUUACCAGCUCAUUAAACCCUGAAGGAUCAAGAUCAGAAAUACCUGGAAGCCCCCUGUGGGCACAAAGAGCUAUUUUCAGAAGUGAAAUGACAAAGAAAUGGAACGUGUUUGUCACUGACACUGUCCCUUGGCCAGCAUUUCAGAGUUGAUGUUGGCAGAAGCAUAUCGCUGCAAAAAAUCUUAGUUUUGGAGUCAGGCCCACGGUGAUAUGAGUUCACUUCAGUUCACGCUCUCUGAACCUCAGCUUUCUCAUCUAUAAAAUGGAACCAGUGAGUCUCACUGCCGGGGUGCUGUGAGGACUAACGGCAGUGCAGAGCAGCUCAGGUCAGAGGUCAGGAUGUGUCCAAAGUCACACAGACAGAAAAGAUAAAGAGCCAAAGGGGGUACACACGUGCAGCCCCUUUGUCAUCAGCAUCCUGAUCUCAGCCCCACCUGGGCACUGGGAAGCACCAGACACCACAUUAAGCCGCACGCUCAGGCUCGAGGGAGGCCCUGCAGGUGGGCCGAGCUCCCCUCAGCCUGCCCAGCCAGCCUCGCACCUUCCUCCCAGGAGAUGCAUCUGUGCCUCCAUGGCUGGGGCCGUGAGUUGCCAUCGGCACCCCCACCACACCCCAGUGCCCAGCACAGAGCCCUGCAGCACCUGAGCCCUGCAGCAGUACUGAGUAAGGACCCCCUGGCUGGCCUGAAAUGGCUGGGAAAUACCCCCGACCUCCAGGCACCAGGCCGUGUGAGGACAGAGGGUGUGACCUGAUGCCAGGGCGCCAUGUGGAGGCUGCCAGUGGCCAGAGCCCGGGGGGCUAAGGAAGGCUUCCCAGAGGGAGCC